AUGCUAUUUCCUGUAAUCUGGCAAUCUGGCAGCUGCUGCCCUGGAGCUUGUCAGCUCCUGUCGCCUGCGCCACACUUCCCACCUCCCGUUUGCCCAAUCGCCAAGCAGACAAAUCGCACAUACCAAGACAAGCCCCCAACCCGAUCCUGUUCCGAUGGUGGCAUUUCGCACCCAAUGGCAGCCAGUCUGUACUUCUAA